CCUUUUUCUUACCUGCUACCCCGGCGCGUCGCAUCAAACAUCGCUUUGUUUCACACUCGUUCGGCUUCGAGCAGCGCUCCCCCUACGGAAACUCUUCUCCAACUGGCAUUAUAAAUCAGACGCUCACUCAUUCGCGUCUUUGUCCGCCUCCUGUCACUCACUUCUUUUGAAUCGGUAGCUGCGCUCGCCCAAUUGCGAUUCCACGUAUAUAUCUUGUCCGGCCCCCGGUACUCGAUCAUUUCAGCCCAUAUUGCAACAAAUCUUCUAUACAAAACUCAAUCAGUCAACAUGAAGAUCAGCGCCAUUGCCUCUUCCCUCCUCUGCCUGGCGGCUGCCCAGCUAGUCGCCGCAGAGGGAGACACCACCUCCACCUCGACGGUGACCACUUUCCUCACUCGGACGCUGGUUCAUGUCGACACCGUGACCUCUGCCAGCGCGUCGACCACGUCCGCACCUUUGAUUCCCACCCACGCCCCCAGCGCCCCGCUUAUUAGCAGUUCCGUGGCUGCCAGCUCCUCCGCCGUCCCGACCUCGCUUGUCGUUGCUCCUUCGGCCAGUGCCUCCGCCACGCCUUCUUCCGUCUUCACUGGCGCGGGUCACGUCAACACUGCUGGUAUGCCUGUUGCGCUCGUCGCAGGAUCCCUGGCCCUGAUCAUGGGCGCUUUGUGAGCGACUGUCAACAACGCCAGCUCGGUCGCCAUCGUUUGGGCUCGGGGCUACUGUGAAGUCCCUGAGCUGCGGAUGAGGACCGCCAGACUCCUUACUUUACAUCUGUUGUUAUCUGUUUCUAUCGCCUAUACUUAAUUUCUCUUCGUUCGACCUCUGGUUCUGGAUCGCGAUCAAGAACCGGACGGGACGCUCGGUUAUGGAUCCAUAUACCCCCUUUAUGACGUUUCAGAUAUGACGAGUUGAUGGAUUUGACGGCUGGGAUUGACCAGCGCAAGUAUCUUUGCGGGGAUUUAGUUUAUAUACCUAUUUACUUUCUCGGGGUCUGGCUGUGAUUUGGAAGCUGUGCACAUAAGUAGUGGUGAAUCAAAUGUAUAGUGGCCGACCCCACAAUCUACUUGAUUACUUUAUUGCUGGU